UAUUACUGUUAUGUGUAUGUUACAGCAUGUGACUGAUUUGUCUGGAAGAGAAACGCUUGUUCGCAUUACUGGUGGUAUGAAAGUGAAGGCUGACAGGGAUGAAUCUUCACCCUACGCUGCCAUGCUUGCAGCCCAAGAUGUUACGCAACGAUGCAAGGAGCUUGGCAUAAAUGCUCUUCAUAUUAAGCUCCGCGCUACAGGAGGUAACAAAACCAAGACACCUGGUCCAGGUGCCCAGUCUGCCCUCCGUGCUCUUGCUCGUUCAGGCAUGAAAAUUGGUCGCAAUGAGGAUGUGACUCCUAUUCCCACAGACAGUACUCGCAGAAAGGGUGGCAGAAGGGGGAGGCGUCUGUGAGUGGCAUUAUCAUGUUCAAUCAUGUCUUGCAUUAUGUUCUAGCAUGUCUGCAGUUUUGUCUGGGAUAUUUGGUUCCCUUGCUGCCUUUAUUUCUUGUUGGUUUUUGAAGAAUCUCGUAGGUUUGGAUAUGUUUUAAACAUGUCAUGAUUCAGAACGUAAGAAUUUGAAAGAGAACAAUAGAACUUCUGGCCUUUCUUA